ACGCCUCAACACCGCAGCCGUUGCGAGAAUCCGCCGACGCUGCGUGCAUAAUCGGAUCCACACACAAUCCAACUCUUACUACAAUCUGCAUAACGCUAAAUCUAACCUGCCAUUAUGCUUGUUCAUCGCGUCAAAUGUCGCCGCCAAUUGGCCGAAACCCGGAGCCGACAACCCCGUCGCAUACACAAAGGUUGAUAUAGCCUCCCUCGCAGGCUACUCGCACAACUAGGGUAGGAUCCUCGCCAGUCUCCCUUUGCCCACCAAACAGACAGACAGACGUUGUUGCUAGCCUAACGAAAGUCUUUCUUCAAUGUCUUAGAUUCAGGAUGCUAUAGCGUUGGGCCCGGCCAGUAACGCGCCGUCUUCUCAAACCACACUCUGGCAACAUGCCAACAAUGUCUCAGAAUCGCCCUGGCCACCUUGAACAUUACCAAUUCUAUCCCUUGUGCAAUACAUCCCAUUGCCUCCUGCCGUAGCCCUUGGCUUGAAUAAAAAUGCUUCAUUGUCCACAUCCCACUGCUGGCCUUUUUUUGCCCCUUGUCUCUAUUCUCGUGUUGCGCCGUCACAUCCUCACACCUCUCAUAUCACAAUGCGCUCGUCACUUCUCACAUCGCUGCUGGCCUCGACGGCCGCAGCCUUUGAAUACCAUAUUCUCAUGGGCUCGAUGCUCGAUUCAUAUGUUGCGCAGCAGAAAUAUCUUGGAAGGGAGCCCGAGCUGCCCUGCAAGGAAAUCCUCAAGGAAGCCAUGAAGGCCCAGCCCACCACACCCCCCGUCAUUGUCAAGGCACAUGAAGACGACAAGAUCUUUGGCGAGUGCCCAUUGACAGCGGCCGUUGAGCUCGAAGCCGACAUGCGUACCUACUCCGCCGACAUCAACAAGUGGGCGUCGAGCGCCAUGGCUGAGAUGCAGCAGUACAAGGCCUGCGGGUUCACGGCCGUUGACGCGCCCGAACCCACGGAAACCUGCACGAUGAAGUUUGUCGCUGAGGCCGAUCUGCCAGAGCCUACCAACACAGAAGAUCCCAAAAAGUCGGCCAAGGAGACCGAAACCAAGAGCGCAGCCAAGGAGACCAUUACACCCAAGGCGAAGAAGGAGGACGCCAAGGACGGCAAGAAGAAGGCCAAGAAGGAAGAAAAGGACGAGUUGUAAAACCAUUCCUCCCUGUAACUUAACUAAUACACCCAAUUGGAAAUAUACUUUUUCCUUUUCUCUUGAUCAACAUGCAUCAACCUCCCCCCCCC